AUGGUUUUCGAAGCAAUUCGCAUUUGGUUAAUAAAUGCAAUAAACUGGCUAUUUCGUUCAAAUGCAAGGCGCCUACAAGAUUCUAAAAAUGAAGAGGGGUCUAAAGAGCCUAAUGUUGCCCGACAUGUUCCCGACGAAAAGCCCGUAUCCCUGUCACGGGUCACCAUGACAGAAAUAGUGUUACCGUCUCAUGCCGACACGCGUGGUUUUGUGUUCGGUGGUGUCGUCCUCGGCUGGAUAGAUGUAGCGGCUGGAGCAGCGGCAAAAAGACAUGCUGUAACGAGAAGUGUUGACGCGGUACAUUUCAUGCAUCCGAUUAAAGUCGGAGACUUUCUUGUGAUUCAAGCAUCCGUGAAUAGGGCUUGGAAUACGUCUAUGGAGGUUGGAGUACGUGUUGAAACAGAAAAUCCAUUGACCGGAAAGAAAAAAUACUGUUGUCAUGCAUAUUUGACUUUCGUUGCUCUACGGGGUUCGCGAGCAAGUCAGACUCAACGACAUUCAAACGCACCAGUUCGCGUACCUCGUAUCAUUACAACCACCGCCGUCGAAGCACAGCGUUUCGAUAUGGCUGAACAACGUCGUCAAGCACGUAUCAAUCAAAAUGAUUGUAUUGACGAAAAUGCGACUAAAAUGGCAGAGUUUCGCGAGCAUAUGCGAAAAUGGUCAAAAAACACAAAUGUAGAAACGAUGAGUGAUGCUGAAAUACCACCUCUUGUACCAGAUCCAGAUGAUGCUCAAGAAAAGGAUCCAGCUCGACUUUACCUUCGUCGUCGAAGAUCCACGCUGACUAAUGCUAUUCAAGAUCAACCCGAUGGUAAACCAAUUUACGAUAGCUUUGCUGAAGUGGUGGAGACUGUUUUGCCACAACAUGCGAAUACAUUGCAGAUUACUUUUGGUGGUCAAAUUAUGCGGUGGAUGGAGCAAUGUAGUCUUAUCAGUGCCACCAGACAUGCCAGACGUUUCCUUUUGUUGGCUAGUAUCGACUCCCUCCAGUUUAUCAGACCCACUUAUGUUGGCGAUUGUAUCACAGUUCGAGCAAUGGUCUCUUGUACAUUUCACUCUAGUAUGGAGGUUUAUGUCACAGUGGAGGCUGAAAAUCUUAUGACGGGCGAGACGUUUUUCACUAAUGAUGGAUUUUACACGAUGGUCGCUGUCGACCUAACAAACAUACCAACACCUGUUCCACACGCCAUAAUAGAUCAAGAAGAAGAGCGUGUGAUAUGUGAUGGUGCUGUAAAGCGACGAAAUAGGAGAUUGCAACAGCGACGAGAGUUGGUACAGAAAGAGAUGUCGUUGAGUCCUGACGAAUUUCAAAAGUUUUCGACAUCACAGUCCAUUGAGCAGGAAUGA